GAGUCUGUAAUAAAUUGAUCUAGUAGUUGGGUUUCCCGUAGAGUUUGAGUGCAUUUGGAGGUUAGUUACCGGAAUUUUGACCUUUAUUCUUCAUAUAUCCGCGUUACUUACUGAAUAAACAAGAGUCCAUUGCAUGUGAUAUACUGGUUAACGUCUUUCAAUACAUUCUUGGAAUUUUCAUGUACAUAACUAUGGUAGAAGAUAAACCUAUUUCUUAUCAGGAGAGCGCCACAGAAUACAAUACACUAGCCAGUAGUAAAAUGGAUCCAAUAUACUCUGGUGAACAUUGCGAAGCUUCUUCUGAAUACGUCACUGCAAUUUACUCGUACAUGCCCCAACAUUCAGACGAAAUAAAUCUACGAACGGGUCAAAAAAUUAAGAUUUUGUCCAAAGACUGUCGACAUUCUGGAGCUGAAGGAUGGUGGGUUGGCCAAGAACCAAAAACAGGUUAUGUUGGUGUGUUUCCUAGUGGAUAUGUUUUAAACGCAGAUGACAUUGCAAACAGUGAAUCUUCAGGAGCGAAUGAAAUGAAAGCUAAUUCUUUUGAACCAAAUAAAUGGAAUGAUGUCACAUUUGGGAUAGGUAACAAUACGGACAAAACUAUAACUGUAAAAACAAAGGAAGAGAUAUCUCUCGACAAAAAGUUACCCGACAGUGACGUAAUCCUUAGACACGGUCAUGUUAGAACAAUUCCUGCUACUGAGUUAGUGCAACAACAGUUUAUUGGCUCAGGAGCAUUUGGAAAAGUUUAUCGAGGUCUUUGGCGUGAACAGGAUAUUGCGCUAAAAGUAUUUGAUCUAGCUACAAAUCAGGUAGACAAUGAAGCCUUGCAUUUGUGUAGAUUAUCUCAUCGGAACAUUGUGAGAUUUUAUGGGAUCUGCAGGUUAGACAGCUCUAAUUUCCCAGCACUUGUAAUGGAAUAUGCUUAUGGUGGUUCUCUGAACAUGGUUCUCAAUCAACGACCUUUAUUAGGUCCCCUUGUUCUACUUGAUUGGGCAUUACAGAUCGCUAGUGGAAUGGCAUAUUUACAUACAGAUGCCAGAAUUUGUCAUCGAGAUUUAAAAUCAUCUAACAUUCUUAUCAGAGAAGCUAUUCAAAAACCAUUUUCUCUAAGUGAACUUCAAAGGUGUACCCUAUUGAUAACUGAUUUCGGAAUGGCUUGUCGUUCUAGUCAACUAGCACCACAACAGUCUAAACUAGGCACUGUUGCAUAUGCAGCUCCAGAAGUUUGUCGUCAAGAGGGAUUUUCUUUUAAAUCGGAUAUUUGGUCAUAUGGUGUUGUGUUAUGGGAGUUGCUUACAUUAGAUAUACCAUUUCGCGCAAUGGAGCAACCUAGAUUAUUGUUUAUUAUUGCAAUGUAUAAUUAUACUCUGUACAUACCACCAGGCGUUCCAGAUCUCUUUGUCCAAUUACUUAAAGAUUGCUGGUCACCUACUCCUGUUAGUAGACCUAAAUUUGAAAAUAUUAUGGCUCGACUUAAAUCAUGCAAAGAUUGCAGUUUUGUAGAUUUAGAACCUAGUGAAUUAGCUCAAAUUCAACAGGAUUGGCGUGAACUUAUAGCAGUUCACUAUAAAGAAGAACAACAAACCGUAGCUGAAGCACUAUCAUCAUCGUUCAAAAGUGGAAGUUUAGAUUUUUCAACAGAACUUUUAACACAGCUGGAAAUGUUACGUGAUUAUCGCGAAUCACUGGAUAGGGUCAGAGCAGAUCUAGUAGAAAAAGCUCAUCAACUUCAUAUAAAAGAGGAAUUGUAUAAUCGAGUGGCUGACACAAUGGGUCAACAUUUUAUGUUUUUGGCUGUACUGGCUGCUAAUCAUUUUAAAGAUCCUACUCAUAAAAUUCAAACUGCUCAACCCAAACCUCCUCCACCUAGAAAACGUCCGUUUGUUCGUAGUAUUUUUAAGCGAUGGGGAACUAAUGGUAAUCCAUGUUCUACACAUAAUGACUACGUUAAUUCAGCUACUUCGUCCACUAAUAAUUUCCAAGUAAAGGAUCUUAAACGGUCAAAUAAUUCUUCAGAUUUGAAUAAUUCUUUUUGUGAUGAAACUCAAUCGAUUUCACGUGACACAUCCAGUCGAGUUGGUUGUAGUCAAGGUGGAAUACCUUUAAUUUCACCUCCCACAGAUAUGAAACAUGUGGUUCAUGUGGACUCAGAUUGGUUUACUGGUCAAGGAUUAUGCGAGUCAACGAUGCGGUUAUUUCCUUCUGCUAAAAUCACAAGCUCUUCACUGGGUUCAAAUACUGACAAAUAUCGUAAUAUGUCACCAGGUCAUUGUUACAGUCCUCAACUAAGAACGUUUGUGAGCACUAAGUCGGAUAGUAAUAUGACAGAUAAAUCUAAUCCGAAGUCACCACGUAUUUAUUCUAGUGGAAAUAAUAUUACAGAUCUUCGAUCACGUGAACAACGUUUUGUUGAUGUCCAAACAAACUCACAAAGAAAUUUGAAUCGGUUGCCUAGGAAACAAAAUUUUAUUCGGAAAUUUGAAAGUAAAAACAAUUUAGAUUUCCUACAAAAGUCAAGUAAUCACUCAGUUGGGUUUAGUAAUUUUUUCACGCCGAUUAACUCCUGUUGCUAUGAUACGAAUAAUGACUUACAUCGUAGUGAACAUUCUCAGAGUGGAUAUCAUCACUGUAGACCCAUAAAACCCAUCAUAGGAAUUGAUAAUCGUAUGCGUAAUAAUAAUAGUCCACCGUUUUUUGAAAGACGCCGUUCAGCUUCUGGACCGGUUACCUUUUUUACUCGGUAUCCUAAAAUCAACGAUCAGCUCAAGCGUAAUCCUGAUGAAAGUUUACUCGAAGGGAAACUUAACGAAUUACUUUGUAUUAUUUGUGACCCUUCUAUGCCGUUACUAACAUCUGGUUGUACUCAACAUUAUUAUGGAAGAUCUCUGUCUACUACAACACCCCCUACUGCUUGUUUUAGCUCAGAUAUUACUGAAAGCUCUUAUUUCUUGAACCCCAUUGGAAAUUCAACUGUUGAAAAUGUGUUGUUGUCAGCAUUUCGUCUUCUAGCUUCCUUUUGUUUUUGGGGUGUUGAACCUGAUAUUGAUGACGGGAAAGCGAAUUCGUUAAUUCCUCUCUAUUCUACACCACGUUCGUCCCAUAAUUUUGGAAAGAUUUAUCCUGUUUCAUAUUAUACCUCACAAUCGAGUCAGAGUUAUAGUAGACAGAAGAAUUCAGUGAGAAAUGCUGCCAACUCAUCACUAUUAUUCGGACACAGCGAAUCUGAUUUUCAGCAUGUUUUCUCAGGUAAUUCAAUCUGUCCUAUUGAAAAGCGCAAGUAUAAAUUUUCAAUUCAAAACACACGACGUAUACAGAGCGCUGAUCGUCGUCGUAAUUAUAAAUAUAAUACUUCUUUAAAAUGUCCUGUUUGUGUAAAUAUGGGCCUUGACUUUAUCCAUCCAUGUGAAAAGUUUCCAGAUCAUCAAGUUGAAUUCGGGGACCCACAUUCACCAUUUCUCGGUAUGCUGGCAGGAAGUGGAAGACGACCUAAUCCAUCUCCAAAUAUGAAGGAAAUAAAUCAUCCCAAUUUUCAAAUCAUCCCAUCAAAUGAAAUGAUUUCAAGUGAUAAGCGAGAAAACUAUUUCACUUUUCAACAUGAUAAUUUUUUGAAAGAUAUCAAUCAAAAAAUAGGUGGGCAACAACAGUGUAAGCAAAACAAGCGCAGUGAUAAUAGCAACAAUAAUUCCCAGCAAUAUACUCAUUGUAGUUUAUGUAAUAAUAAUCAAAUGGAAAUAGUUGAGAAAAAUGAAUCCACAGGUAACUUAAAUAAUGCAUUUUACUGUCCUCAUCUUUCUGUUUGCAUUGACUAUUGUCAAAAUAACACACGAAAUAAUGACAUAGAUGUAGCCACUAUUAAGACAACAUUGCCAUACAUACCAUCUUCACAUUUAGCACAAAGGUGGUCAUUUGAGCAUAGUAAAGAGUUACAUAAAGAUAUAUGCUCUUCAUUCUGUUCGUUUUUAUCGUGCCGAAAAUUGUCAAUUGAUUGUCAGUCGAGUAUGAUUUCGGAUUGUUUAAGGUCAGUAGAUAAACAUUCAGUAUCUGAGUCUUCUGGUCAUUCAAUCGAAAGAAAUUCUACUAAUCAGUUUUCUCAUUCUCUCGUAUCAAUGAAUCCUGUUGGUAUGUCACGUGAUGCGUACUUAAAGGUGAGCUUUUUUGUAGACUAUUUAUCGUUUAUACAACAUUUGGCUCUGGGUUUUCAAGUCAUUUUUAUGAUUAUAAAAUCAAACACUGUCAAAUAGUGGUAACAUAUAAUGUUUAUGAAUUAAUUCCUUAUUUCUUUUGAGAAAUUUGGACUAAUAGAUAAUUUCUUGUAAAAUGAACAGUUCCUUUUUUGGGUUCUAUUUAUUUAGGAUUUUCAUUGUGUAAGAAUAUCGUGUCAGUGUAGUUGAGUAUUUAAAUGUUUUCAUUUUAGCAUUUGAAAUCAAUCGCGUUAGGAUUCAUCCGUCUUAACAUAUUUCGGUUCUCAUUUGUGUGGAAGAUACUUUCUAAUUUAGGCAUAAGAUAAACUAAGAAGUUGACGCACCAAUCUACAAGUAACUUCCCCUACAGAAUCAGUCCGAGUUAUUGUUGUUUUUUUCUCGUCAUCAAUGAGUAGUUGUACAGAAUUAGUGAUACCCAAACUCGUGAUAUUUUAGGAACAAAGGAGAUCCAGCAAAGUUUGUUAGUAUGAUGCUUUCUAGUUUGGAAUAUUCAUUUGACUGUUGUCUGUAAAAGCGUGUAAAGAAAUGGCCCAAUAUAAUAGUCAACGUUUUUUCAGUAGUUAUCUUUGUUCAUUUACAUAAACUUCAUUGCAGGCAACACAAGACGGCUUUCUUAAUCGGACCAUUUAUGAGCCAUCUGAAGAUCCUGAAUUUUGUUAUUCCCCCUAUUCAAAUCAGACAUCUCAAUCUAAUUCUCUCCAACGUUCCAGCGAUAAUCAAUCUUUUUCUAAUUCUGGUGUUUAUCCAAAUAUUCAUGCAUUGUUCAUUGAGAACGACUCAAAAUCUGAAUCUGGAUCAGAGUUUGAAAGUUAUGAUGAUGCAAAUGAAUUAGAUUAUCCCAAUUUUAUUUUACAUUCCUCUUCUUCACCUCCAAAACACUCUCAACAACCCCAAAACUUUUAUUCACCUUCAAAAAUACAUUUAAAUGAUUCAGAUAAGCCCCCAGAAAAUAAUGACUACUCCCACAAUCUUAAUGUAAAUAUUGAUACCUGUCGAGAAGAUUAUGAUCGUGUAACUCUUGUGCCAGUUGAAUCCGGGGAACUAAGUAACGUAAUUCAACCAUAUUCAGAUAAUGAGGGAAAAGGAGAGCCUUUAGCCGAAUACUACAAUGAUAAUUCGACUACCAAAAUGACUGUAAAAAGGGUUCUUCAUAGAAGUCAAGCAAUUCGUGAGCGACAUAGACCUACGUUUUUGACCCUUUUCCGAAACCGAUCACUUCCUAGCUGUGUAGACAGUGAUUGCUCGUGUUUGGAAUCCUGUUCAUUCCUCCUUUAUCCUUCAGAUAAUGGUGUCGAUGAAGUCUCUGAUUUUCCUCACAAGGCGAAAAGUUCCAAGAGUCCUUCUGGUCCAUUUGUUUCUCUACAUUCUACAUUCAUUUAAUCUCUUUCUAUUUUGCCAUGUUGAUUUAUUUUCCAAUUCUGUCAAUGAGUAACGUAUUUUCUCUGUGAUUACUAUCUGUUCUAUUUUCACUAUUUAGGUUGGACGCAUUUAUUAUUAUUUUUAGGUAAUUUUUGAUGGUCAAUCUUACAUAAAUCUUUUUAACACCUUGUCUAGCACACAGUAUCUGUAUUUUUUUUCAGAUAUAUUUUAUUUAAUGCAUCUGUGUCUCUCUUACUUCACAUUUAUUGUGUUUCAAAAUUACAUUUGUAAUCUAUUUUGAAAAUAGUUAUUUGUUCUGAAAGCCUUGCAUGUUACAUGUGUUAUGUUUUCUGUAUUCAAAAUUUGUAUAAUAUAUUACCUUUUUAAUGACUACAAUGAAUUUGCUUCAGAGUCUUUCGAUGUGUCGUUCUACUACCGCAACAACUAUUAUUUUUUAUUUUAAUUGUGUAAUUUGGCCUGCUUUUCAUUUUUCAAUUCUAUUCUUGUAUAUCUUUCCUAAGUACUGGACGGACUAGUUUAACUUAAGAAAGGAAUUUCUAGAGAUGAAUAUCUAUAUAUAAACCGUCACAAACAAUCUUAUAUUUGCUAUUAGGUCAAGGAAAUUUUGUCUUUUUAGACUCUGUAAAUUUUUUGAUCUCAUUUUUUCUCUUAUACUAAAGUAAUAAUAUGAUAUAUUCUGAAUAAAUACUUGUACUAUG